GAACAGCAGCAGAGUGAAGCAGCACUUCUGUUUGGGCUGAACUUUUUAUUUAGGGCAUUAAAGAUGUUACAAAUGUACACUAUUAUGUUUUUAACAGCACUUCAGUGAGUGUUUCUGUCACAAAAACAAAUGGACCGGUCUUCAGAUUUCAGCUGCGUCUCAUCUUGUGUGAAACUUUAUCUGUGUUCCAACCCAGAGGACAGUGCAGUGGAGCGCAGAGCUCUGAGGGAGAGUGUGUUUCCCAGAUUCAGGGAACACUGCAGACACACACUGGGACUGGAUGUUCAGGUGAUAGACCCGUAUGAAUGCAGUGAUCCUGGGAGAUGGCCAGAUGAAACCACCAGACACAAACUGAUCCAAGAAUGCAGAGACACUUCAGCCGGACCAUUUUUACUGGCCCUGGUGGGACAUCAGUAUGGUGCAUUCAGUCUGCCAUCCCAGGUGGAGGUGUCAGAGUUCCAGCUGCUCCUGCAGGAGAGCCAGCGGGCCGGCCUCAGCACCCUGGAGCUGGAGAGAGUCUACGGGAGGGACGAGAACACCAUCCCUCCAUCCUACUGCCUCAGGCCUCCACAUGAGCAGGCUGGAGUUCGUCAGGCUCAAGAAAAAGAAACAGAGGAGAUGAUGAUGAUGGAAAAAGAUGAAGAGCGGAAAAAGGUGUUUCAGACUGCGGUUGGUUUGUGUGUCCACCACGGCCUCAUGACACCAGAGAAAGCUGGUUGCUUCUACAGAUCAGCCCUCGAUGCAGAUCUGCGUGUUGCUCUGGGAAACCGUCCUCAGAAUGACAUAACUGGCCGCUGUCUGGUCUACGUUCACAGAGUCAUUAGUGGAAAUAAAAAGAAAGACACAGAGAAGUCACACCUGCGGUUCCAGUCUGAGGCUGCUGCCCCUGAUCAACCCACCGACGAGGCGUUACUGUCAGAGCUGUGUGACAUCUUCCUCCCUGGUCUCAUCACAUCGUAUGAGAUUUUACUUUACACCAUCACCACUGAAUGUGACCGUCGCUAUGGUUACACCACAGCCAGGAGGCGGACCUAUGCUGAUUCUCUCUGUCAGCAGGCGUACUCCGACCUGGUGAAGUUGACCGACAGCUUCAACAUGUCAGACCCUGUCGAUGCUUUGGCCAGAGGGAAAGCAGAGCAGGAGGAGCUGUGCACGGAGCUGUCUCAGUUUUAUGAACUCAUUCGGCCCGAAGAGGACGAGGUCAAAGCCUAUGUGCUGCAGAGAGACCAACAGUGUCCUCUAGUGUUGACAGGAGGUACAUGCACAGGGAAGACAGUACUGAUGGCACACUGCGCUCGACAGAUAAAGUCCUGGUUUGAAGACAGUGACCCUGUGGUCAUCACUUCUUUCUGCAACUUGUCAGGAAAUCCUUCAACAAAGCUCCAGUUGUCCAGCUUGUGUUCUGAUAUUGAAAGGAGUUACCGCAGCCACGACACAAACCUCAACACCAGACUGGACUCGAACUGUACUGAUGUCAAAGACGUCGUCUCCAACACUGAAAAGCAUGUCUCAGAUUCUGACGGAAAACCUAAUGCUGUACUGAACCCUAAAAGCACUACACCUGCCAUGAGUCUCUGUGAGCUAAAAGUACACCUGUCAACACUUCUCUCCUCCCUGCCUUCACCCAAACGGCCUCUAGUUUUAAUUCUCGAUGGCCUGGAUCAGACUGAAAACAACUGUGGACUCCAGGUCAUUGAACGCCUCCCUUCUCCACUUCCUCCUGGAGUUAAACUCAUCCUCACAGUCUCCUCCAACCAGAAACACAUCCUGCAAGCCAUCAGACUACAUUACCCACAAUGCAGUCCACCUCUCUGUAACUCAGAGGACAGUGGACAGUCAGGAUAUGUACAUGUACAGCUGGGGCCGGCGUGCAGGAAGGGCUGCGUCAAGAUGUUGGCGUCUCAUCUGUGCCGCUCAGGGAGGCGGGUAACAUCAGGACAACAGGCGCUGGUCAACCAGGCUCUGACUUCCUGCUGUCUGCCUCUAUACGUUCGCCUCCUGCAUACUCACGCCUCACUGUGGCACUCUGAUUCAGAGGUGACAGAGUCCUCACUCCCUGAUGGUGUUCAUCCAUCCAUCUCUGCUCUCCUGGAUCUCCUCGAGCAGAAACACGGGUACUUCCUGGUGUCUCGUGCCGUCUCCUAUCUGACCCUCUCUAGGACCGGACUCACUGAGGCUGAACUCACCGAUCUGCUGUCCAGCGACAACAGGGUCCUGGCUGAAUACGUUCAGCAGGGUGAAAGCUCCUCCUCCAAGAUGAGGGUCUCCCAAGUCAGUGUGGAGAGACUCCUUUUAGAUUUGAGGGGAUUUCUGAUGAGGAGGACAGUCGGAGGGUCACAUGUUCUGUUCUGGGUGAGCAGGCAUUUUGGGCUGGUCGUAGCUAAGAGGUAUUUAGGUGCUAAUGAGGUGAAGAGGGAGCUUCAUUCAGAGAUGGCUGACUAUUUCACUGGUAGAUGGGCAUGUGGAUGCUCUAAACCACUACAGGUGAACCAGGAAUCAGGUGAAAUGGCCGUGUACGUAGACAGACAACCAGCCAGUCAGCCGUUUGCCUUCAGUUCUUCCAAAGGAGUAGGGCGUGUUAACUUGAGGAAGGUUUUAGAACUGCCGCAUCACUUACAGGAAAGUGGCAGGGGUGAGGAACUAGAGGACAUGCUGUUAACGUCAUUAGGGUUUCACCAAGCGAUGGUUCGAGCUGGUCUCUUAGAAGAUCUGGUAGUUAUGUUAGAUGGAGGAAAGGACUCGUCUGGACUCAACUUUGCAAGAGAGAGGUGGCUCUUAGGAAGCAUACUGAAGUCUUCUUCCUGUUUUCUGCAGAGCUCACCCUUAGAGAUGCCCACUGUGAUGGAAAUGAGCCUAAUCCCUUACCUGGAGGCCUUUCCUGCACUUGAAGGUUAUAUCAGAGAGAUCAGAAAAGAAAGGAGAAAGAGUGGCAGUGGAGUGGGAGUGGUGCUUUGGCCUGCUCCAUCUGCUGUUCCUGCUAUUAAAUGUGUACAAUCUGAUGCCAAAACCGGAAAAGUUAAGGAAGCAGCUGGGACAGAGUGCGGGAUUGUGGCCGUGCUCAUGGAUGAUGAUUCAUUGUGGAUAUGGAAAGGUGUUGGGUGUGACAUAGUUGAGCUUUCACUAAACUGUGAGCAAGAAGAAGUGAAGUUUGCAGGAGUAAAGAGUAGUGGUCAGUUCAUUCUGCUUUCAACUCACAGCAACAAGCUUCUCAUGUGGGAUGUGACGGGUCCGGAGUGUUUUCUCGAGGUCAAGGAUCCUUCAAAAACAGAGUCGAGUCAAUGCACGCUGGACGAAAUCCAAAGGUUUGCGGCAUGUCAGGAGAAAAUAUGUGUGCAGUGGAAGGAUGAGAGUUUUGUGAGUGUGUUUGAGAUCUCCAGUGAGACCAUGACUCAUUUCCAGUGUCAGAGCUCUGUGAACUGUUUGGUUUGUUCUUCCGAUUGCACUUACAUGUACUGUGGGGAGGAGGGAGGCACAGUGUCCAUAUUUAACACCAACACUCGCAGUCUCCUCGGUACCUGUUCACGCUCCAGUCACAGUGCAGUUGUAUCAGUAAUCCUCUGUGAAAAUAACUGGGAAAUGCUUUGUGUCGACAGGAGGGGAAAUGUAGCUUUAUGGGAUGUGGCAGCCAAAGCACACCUACCCAUUCUUCUUAAGGAAGGUUCUCCUGGAGCUGAAUCAAAUGAUGUUCUCAGCACAGACUAUUCCAAUGAAUUUCACACUUUGCUGGUGUGUCAGUCUCAACAGGUCACACUGUGGGACACUUUGGAAUUAGAGGAACUGGACCAGUUCUUGGCUCCAAGGGGGAAAACCUUCACCGAAGCUGUUUUCUCCCAUGAUGGACAUCUUUUCCUGGCUUUGUUAGACAAGUGUUGCCUCGUAUUGGUGUGGAGUGUCAGCACAGGAAAGUGUCUUCUCUCUUUGGAAACGGGUACAUCCACGUUGCCUUUUACUCUCAUCAAAACGGCCUCAGAUGUCAUUUGUGUUGGUCGUGAUGGCUGCCUCACAUUGUGGGACUCUGAAAUGAUAUGUGCAGCAGGUACAGCUCUUAAAAUGGGCUGUGGAGUGAAGGAAGUGGCAGUUGAGCAAGAGGGAGAAGGUUUCUACACGACUGAUGGGUCAGAGAUGGUGUGGAAAUGGAACUUAGAGACUGGACUCCCAUAUAUUUACCUCCAGCAUAAUGGACCAGUAGAAAAGCUCAGACUUUCUCUGGAUAGUGUUCAUCUUGUCAUACUUUCAGCUGGUGAAAUUUACAUUUGGCAGACCAAAAGUGGGCUGAACAUUGUGCGGAUCAGCGGCAGCAGAGCCACAGAUAUCCUGCUGACUCCUAAUUGUAACUUUGGGGUGAGUGUUUCUGAGCGAGGCCUGUCUCGGGUUUGGAAGCUGGCUAAUGGUGGCGCUGUUUGCAGCAUACAUUUGUACCUAUCUGACGCUCAGAUAUCAUCUGAGAGUACUUUCCUGAUUGGGCGUCGCCGUGGCGAUCUACUGGCUGCCAGUCUUUGGUCUGGCUCAAUCAGUAAGCGUUUCUCUUGUGUGGAAAGCUCGGAGCAUGUUGUUGCUUUCCACAGCCUUUCAGAGCAUCCAGACUUUGUGGUAGUGAUAGCUGCUUCAGGGUCAGUGUACACCUGGAAAGUAGCAGAGGAGACGGUUUGCAGACACUUUCAGCUGCCGUAUACCCUCCACUGUCAGCCACAAGACUUUCACAUGUCGUCUGAUGGUAGUUAUGCACUGCUGUCUACUGAUAAUGAAGCUGUAACCAUCUUGGACCUGACUCAGAUCAGACUGUGCUCGUUCAAAGCCAAAGGUCCGGUCAUUAAAGCCUGUUUGGACAGAUCUGGACUCUAUGUGAUCUAUGUAUCGUGUCCCACAGACCUGGACAGUAACUGUGUGUGUCACCUCCAUGUGAGGCCUGUCCUCACAGUGAUACGUCUGGCAGACGGGACCCAGAUAGGAAGUGUGUGUCUGCCUAAGAAUCCCUUGACGUUGGCUGUGUGUGAGCAGCAGUGUGUGGUUGUGGGUUUUGAGGAUGGCUCUGUAGGAGUGUACUCUCUUUUAGACGUCAACGUCAAUGGAAAGGAGACAGAGAAGUGGAAGGAACAUUUACCACGAUAUCUGAGCCAGUGUCCCUUUGACAGAACAUUGAGUACAUGGGUACCUCUGAAAACACCAAACAUUACAUGGCCUUAAUGAGCCGCCAUGUUGUUUCUGAUAAACCACAGAGCCUGUGCAAAGGAGACACAUCUGAACUACUGGUCAACCCCCCCACCACUAUUUGGCCAAAAACUUCUGUCAUAGGCCAAACAAAAACAGAAACAAGAGGAGGCACAGAAGUAUUUUUAUUCUCACUUUAUUUGCAAUAUACUUGAGGUUACUGUUAAUUUUUUGCUCCAAGAUGCAAGAAAUUAUGCAAAUGAAUGAAGCUGUUAGGAAAUUAUUAAAUGAUACUCUUGUUUCUGCAAGUUAGGAGCUGCAGAUGUUUAUAUGCUGUAAGAAUAUUGCACUCUUCUACAUCACACAUAAUACACAGGGUGGGGAAGCAAAAUUUACAAUGAACAUUUAGUUGUUUUUUCUCAGCAGGCACUACGUCAAUUGUUUUGAAACCAAACAUAUAUUGAUGUCAUAAUCAUACCUAACACUAU